AGUUGCAACUUAUUAGAUAUUCAGCGUGUAAUAUUUCCCGCGAUUUUGAUUCAGUUCUGGGAUUCAUGACGCCAAGUUCAUACGGCCUCUUGUUGGUCCCACUCUUCCUCCUUGCCUACGUCUCCGCCAACUCUUCUGCUGCACGUCUCUUCGCGUGCGUCUCUUUCCUCACCCUGCUCCUCCUCCGCAUAUGCAUCCACCUUCACGAGGCUGCGCCGCACGGCUCCCCUCGCCGCAGAAGCAUCAGGGCUGCGGUCUGGUCGCUCUCCACUUUACUGACUGCGAUGUUCUCGUACCGCGUCGCGGAGACCCUUCCGCUGCCCAUGGUGGUGGUCGUGUGGUGCACAGGCGCGGCGACGCUGCGGCGGAGAAGCCGGCAGCUAUGGAUUAAUGCUGCUUGGAUUAUUUUUCAUGAACGUGGGACGAAGUAUACGCAGAUCACCGUGCACUUUCCUUCAGCGUAAUCUUAUGUGUCAUGUACUAUACAUAAAUUAAUAAAAUUAUGUGUCAUGUACUAUACGUUAAAUUAAUAAAAUGGAAUCAUCCAUUUGG